AGAGAGGAGCCUACAAUUGUGGAAGAAUGGGCGGAACACAUCAUUGUAUUGCACACCUCUAAAAAAACAGUGCUCUGAUUCAUAAAUAUAAAAAGAUCCUCUGAGGAGGGCAGUGUUUUUGUGUGAUGGCAACUUCACUUCUAGGGGAGGAGCCGAGGCUAGGAUCGACUCCUUUAGCCAUGUUAGCUGCAACAUGUAAUAAAAUAGGGAGUCCGAGCCCUUCACCGUCCACAAUUUCGGAUAAUUCCUCCUCGUUUGGGAAAGGCUUCCACCCCUGGAAAAGAGCCACCGCCAGCAGCUGCAGCCUCGGGUCCGGCCUGUCCGGGUUCGGUGUGUCCCGCAAUGGAUCUGGCAUCUCGGACUCUUUCGGCACCAACAACUCCACCGGAUCCAGUGCCUUCUCCCUCACGUCCGGCACCUCGUCCGGUUCCCACUUUGGAAACGAUUAUUCUGUUUUCCAAGCCUCCGUUUCGAGCAACUCUCAAGAGUCCAGCCACCAGCCGGUUUUCAUCUCCAAGGUGCACACGUCAGUGGACAGUUUGCAGGGCAUCUAUCCCAGGAUGAGUGUUGCGCAUCCUUACGAGUCCUGGUUCAAAUCCUCCCACCCCGGUAUCCCUGCAGGGGAAGUGGGCACCACCGGAGCCUCUGCGUGGUGGGAUGUGGGAGCGGGAUGGAUUGAUGUUCAAAACCCGAAUGGAGCAGCACUACAGACGCCUUUACAUUCCGGUGGACUCCAGACCUCCUUACACUCUCCCCUGGGCGGAUAUAAUUCUGAUUACUCGAGCUUAAGUCACUCUGCCUUUAGUACAAACCCCUCUCCGCACCUGUUGACAACUGGCCAGCACCUGAUGGAUGGUUUCAAGCCGGUGUUGUCCUCUUACCCGGACACAAGUCCUUCCCCGUUAACCGGGGCGGGGGGGACCAUGCUUUCCGGGGGUCCGCCUGCAUCUUUAGCGGGUUCCCCGAGGUCAUCUGCCCGGCGGUACUCCGGCAGAGCCACGUGCGACUGUCCGAACUGCCAGGAGGCGGAGAGACUGGGACCCGCGGGCGCCAGCCUCCGGAGGAAAGGUCUGCACAGCUGCCACAUCCCGGGCUGCGGGAAGGUGUACGGGAAAACGUCCCACCUCAAGGCGCACUUGCGGUGGCACACCGGCGAGAGGCCGUUCGUGUGCAACUGGCUCUUUUGCGGGAAGAGGUUCACGCGCUCCGACGAGCUCCAGCGACAUUUACGCACGCACACCGGGGAGAAGCGCUUCGCUUGUCCGGUGUGCAACAAGAGGUUUAUGCGUAGCGAUCACCUGAGUAAACACGUAAAGACUCACAGCGCCGGGGGCUCCGCCGGCUCUGGCUCCGGGGGCAGCGGGGGGAAGAGGGGCAGCGACACCGACAGCGAGCACAGCGCACCGGGAAGCCCUCCGUGCCAUUCCCCAGACCUGUUGCACCCACCCGAAUCCACCCAAGGCGUGGGUAUGAACGGCCUCUAAAUCUCUCCCCGUUGAUUUAGAAAAUUGAAAAAAAAAAAAAACUGUACAACAACAUGUUGUGAUGGGAUGGUCCGAAAGGACAAGAGAGUGGACAUACUUUGACGUAUGCGACGUGUUUGCUCCUGAGUGUUGUCAUAUAAAAAGAGAAAAUUGGCCCGUGCGUUCUUUUGACUUUUUUUUCCGAGUGUUUAAGACUAACUGCAUCAUAUGAUAGCUGUCCCAUCAGAACUUAUCUAGGCUUCAUCUGCGGUGUGAGAGUCAAAUCAAGUUUUUGUGUGGAGCAGGAGACCUGUGAUACUUCUUUGCCACCUGGCCUUUACAAACCCCCAAUGUUGUAUUUCUCACUAUAAGACAUAAAAGACGAAAAAAAAUAAAUUAAUGAAUGGAUAUUAAAACGCUUAGCUGUGAGAUAUUGGGGGCCGCAGAAAUCGCGCUAUUGCAUUUACACACGUAGUCGUGAAAACCAAACACUGGCACUUUAUUAUCGAGCGAGACGAGUUGUUUUUGUCACUGCGGAUGGACAGCUCGAUAGGAACAAUUUACCUGUAGAAGAUGGUGAGCUGUGGGAUGCAACGAUUCCCAUUUGAUCUGUUUCAUCCCAGAACGGAGGAGAAAAAGGAGAUCCAGAUCACACAUUGCCAUUCAUCUCGCAGUAGUGCGCCAAGUUUGUAAGUAGGACAGCCGAGGUUAUACUUACACUUUGACUUUGCUGGAAAUUGUGUUGUACAUAAAAGAAAUGUAGGUUAGAGUAAUUUCAGCCCAAUGUAAAGGUGAGCAAUGUAUUUGUCCAGGAGACGAUUUUGUAUAGGUAUUUCUAGUUGUAUAUGGACUCUAGUAAAUAUUUGAAAAUAUACGGAAAUGUAUUUGGAUUUUUCUUUGACAUGUAUGAAAUGUAUUGUGGGGAGUUAUAUUUAACCACGAGUUUUCUUGUAUUUAGGGGUCUAUCGUUAGGCGCACUUUGAAUUUAUUUGUAUGGUUUGGAAAUCAUUUACUGUUUGCCCACUCGUUUAAUUUAAGUAAGCAUGUUGUAAAGUGAUUUUAAUUUUACAAUGAUAUUUUUUUUUCUCUCCCUGAGAAUGGCUUUUUAUGUGAGCCACUCAAUAAAGUCAGUAUGAAUUCAGA